AUGUUAUCAAGAAGAUUAAUUAAACCUCAACAAUUGAGUUUCAUCAGAUGUUAUACCAAUCAAAAUUCAUUAAAUUUUUUUCAAACUAAAUCAUUACCUUCAAAUACAAUUGUUAAAUUUGUACCUCAGCAACAAGCAUGGAUUGUUGAACGUAUGGGGAAAUUUCAUAAAAUUUUACAACCUGGUUUGGCUAUAUUAAUUCCUGUAAUUGACAAAAUUAUGUAUGUUCAAUCUUUAAAAGAAUCAGCCAUUGAAAUUCCAUCACAAAAUGCAAUUACUUCAGAUAAUGUAAGUUUAGAAUUAGAUGGUGUUUUAUAUGUCAAAGUUAUAAAUCCAUAUUUGGCAAGUUAUGGUGUUGAAGAUUUUCAAUUUGCAAUUUCACAAUUAGCACAAACUACAAUGAGAUCAGAAAUUGGUAGUAUGACGUUAGAUUCUGUAUUAAAAGAAAGACAACAAUUAAAUCAUAAUAUUAAUCAAGUUAUAAAUGAAGCUGCUAAAGAUAAUUGGGGUGUUGAAUGUUUAAGAUAUGAAAUUAAAGAUAUUCAUCCCCCACAAAAUGUUCUUGAAGCUAUGCAUCGUCAAGUUUCAGCUGAAAGAUCAAAAAGAGCUGAAAUUCUUGAAUCUGAAGGUAAUAGACAAAGUAAAAUUAAUAUUAGUGAAGGUGAUAAACAAAGUACUAUAUUGAAUUCAGAAGCUAAUAAGCAACAACAAAUUAAUCAAGCUAUUGGUGAAGCUGAAUUUAUAAAAUUAAAAGCACAAGCAACUGCUGAAGGUUUGAAAGUGAUUGCAAAAGCAAUUAAAGAUACUCCAGGUGGUGAACAAGCUGUUAAUUUACAAGUUGCACAAGAGUAUAUUAAAGAAUUUGGUAAAUUGGCAAAAGAAUCAAAUACUGUUAUUAUUCCAUCAAAUGUUGGUGAUUUAUCAAAUUUUAUGGCUCAAGGUUUAUCAAUUUAUAAAAAUUUGAAUAAGCAAAAUAAAGUAUAG